GACUUCACAAGGGACAGAACCAGAGGGCCCCAAGAUUCUCCAUUCUCCAAUGGCGAUAUCUUCGCCGUCUUUUUCCUACUAUGGCACAAACCCAAAUUGUAUAAAUCUUUGCCGCUGUAAACCCUAAUUCCAAGUUCCCAAAUACCGCGACGCCCAUGAAUUCCUCGCAUUUCCAUUCGAACGCAGCUUCUCGAUGGAAUCCGGCAUUCAAAUUGUAAACAAAGUGCACAAAACCUUCGUUAGACGACGGCGACGACCACCGCCUCUGCCGCCGUCUUCUCUUUCUUCUUCGUCUUCGGUUCCUCUAAACCCGACUCUGUUCGUCGCGCCUCAAACCGCAAACCCCGCACUCCCCUCUCUCCCGAAGAAAACUCGUGAUUUGCCUAACUUCUCGGAAUGUCAUGCUUGCGGAAUUCGUGUUGACGCCGCUGACGGCCGUUCGAGGCUCAAUUCCCUCUACAGCAAGUGGCGAAUUGUUCUUCUUUGUAAGAAAUGCUUUUCUCUUGUUGAAUCUUCCAAGGUUUGUUCUUACUGUUUUGCCGACUCGAGAGGCGAUUGCUUUCGUUGCUGCGAGUGCAACCGUCGGGUUCACAGGGAAUGUUAUUCCCAGUCUAGUAGAGUUGCUCCUUGGUCAUAUUCCUCUUCGGGUUCUGAGUUUUCAGUAUGUAUUGAUUGUUGGGUUCCCAAACCAAUUGUGACAGCAAGGGCGAUUAUGAAAAGUAGGAAAAUUAGGAGAACAAAUACUCAUGUUUCGGAUUUGAAGAGUUCUAAGGUUUCGACGGGCGGAGACUGCAAAUCCUUGGGUGAAAUCGUGAAGGAUGCAAAUUGUUUGGCCGAGAAGAAAAUUGACGCCGCGUCUAGGGCUAGGGAGCACGCGCUCAAAAAGGCUGCUGUAGCUAGAAGGGCUGCCGAGUUGGCUAGCGAUACCUUAAAUUUGGUUGCCCAAAGGGAAGAAAUCGCUGCCAAAGAGUCUGGAGAAUCUGCCGACGAUGCAGAGUUGGCAAUUCAGUUGCACCGAUCUAUGAAUAGUUCUCCAAGGCUUUCCAGGAAUUUGUGUUCGGUGAACUCGAACUACAUGGCCUUUGAGAAUAUGCUGGAUGACGGCGAUCCAUCAGUUGGAGUACUGUGUAGCGAGGAAUUUGAUUGCUUAAAAACCCCUCAAGUUUUGAUACAUAACACUAUACGCAACUCUCCUGAUAAUGUUGCUUCUGAGCCUUCAGUGACGGCGGAAGAUCACAUCUCGCCAGAAUCUAAUCAUCAAGAAUCCGUUGGUAAAGAUCCUAUAUCUAUACAGGGCAAUGCUUGCCAGGCAACGUGUGAUACUGAGUCUGAGAAUGUGGAAUUUCCAUUAAAAGAAGAUCUCAGGCACAGGUCAAAACAAUUAACGAGUUCGGGUUGGGGUUGUGAUUGUGAUAGGUUAUGCUCUGAGCCUCAACCGUCACUCAAACAAGAUAUAUUUGCUCUGCCCAGGGAUGAGAGAUGCAUUGCAAAGCCCUAUCACUAUUUCUUUAAGUAUAGGAGGAGAGAUACAACUAAACGCUAUUUGUUGAAGUACAGCAAGAGAAAUACAAGACUGAAAAAGAUGCCCGAUUGCAAAUCUAAUGUUCUUGUUGAUGGAAUGUGCUUGGGUGUUCCGUCGUCCUCUGCUGCAAUUCUAAUUAGCAGUUCCGAAAAAUUUCCAGUAAUUUCAAACGCCGCAUUUGGCUCAUGUGCUGUUCCCCUGCAAGCUUCUGGUCUGAGUAUGAAUGGAGUUCAAGAGAUCAGUAACAAAGGAGGCAGGUAAAAUAAGUAAGAAGUUUGGCACAAGGGAAGGAGCAUAAAUGUUGUGGAACAUUGUGAAUAUGAAGGCUAUUAUAAACAUGGAGAUGCUGUUGUUGUUAAUGCAAGAACAAUGUAGAGAUAUGGGUUUGUAUUUGGUGAAGGUUGAGUUUGAAGCUGUGUUUCUUAAUAAGAUCAUUCAACUUCGUUCUGGCUGUCUUGCUUGGUCUCAACUUUACGUUCAAAAAUAAAAGUGAAAUUUUCUAUUUAUUUGAAA